AGAAUCUUUUAGUAUGUUGUCUGUUGCUUUUGAUUUUAGAUCGUCAUCAAUUUCAUAAUUUUCUAAAAUGUUAAUUAGCACUAUAUAUACAACGUAACUCAUCAUCAGCCGAAGUACUCAACUUAAUGUGACACAAACUGUAUUAAUAUAUAUAUAUAUAACACGAUAAUAGUUGCGUUGAGUAUUCGAAUUUGGGCAUGGCUAACAUGCAGAUAGUUCCGGCAGGCAGAAAUGUUAACGUAGAACCUCAGUAUGUGGAAAUGAUGGUGCCACUCUACUCUUAUGGUUGUGAGAGAAAAAUCAACAAUGCUCUUUCCCAUAUCAAAGGGAUAUAUUCAGUGAAUGUAGAUUUUGAACAACAAAAGGUGACAAUAUGGGGAAUUUGCAACAAGUAUGAUGUGUUAGCCAGAGUUAGAAGCAAACGAAAGGCGGCUCGUUUUUGGAAUGAAGAAGACAACAUGGAAGAAUCAGAAAGAGAUUCAUCAUCAGCAGCUUCUCUUUAUGGAAUUAGGCCUAGGGCGCAACCUUUAGCUCUCAUAAGGGCUCGAUCUCUAAGCUUGAAAUUAGCUUUAAAAAAGGCCUUCACAAGAUCAUAUUCAUUCUAAUUAAAACAUCAACCCUCAAUUAUAAAUGAGCCACAUUGUAAAUAGCUGCCACUUUUGUUAAUUGGCGAUUAAUUAAGUUUUCCUAUGUUCGAUUUUUGUGGCACAAAUGAAUAUUAAUCCCUAUAUGUUUGUUUAUUAUGGCAA